CAGUACAUGUUUUUCUUAAAUAUAUACUACAAAAUUCAUAAAAAUGCAAUUGAAGAGUUUUAAACAACAUGUUCUUAUCAUUGUUAAAUCAAUAAGGUCAACAGGUUAUCUCAAUUGAUUGACCUAGAUUUAGGUUAUGUACACAUGCCACUGCUCUGGUUUAUGGGGGGUUGUAACAUAAAUAAACUCUAGUAUAUCUUUAGUAGACCCACAGAACCAAAACUAAAAACCAAAACUAAAUGUGAUUUGUGUUAAAUAAACCAAAAAUUUCUUUACGAGUACAAAGAAUUAAACACUACCAAUCUCCAAUCUGUGAUUUUUUUUAUUUAUCUUUAUCUUCUUUGUAACAACACCUCUGAGUGUUGCUCUUGCUUAUACUUAAACGUGGUAAUAGUGUUAAGUUACAGUGAUAAAAUGGAUCGUAAAAUUAAAUUAAAAGCUCUAAACCCUUAUAUAACGUGCAAUAUAUGUAAAGGUUACUUAAUCGACGCCACUGCCAUAACCGAAUGCCUUCACACAUUCUGUAAAAGUUGCCUUAUUAAACAUUUAGAAGCCAACACCAACUGCCCUACUUGUGAUAUGGUGAUACACCAUUCGUACCCCCGGCAAUACAUUAAUUUCGACCGGACGAUGCAAGACAUAGUCUAUAAAUUAGUCCCCGGAUUACAAGAAAGUGAAAUUGAGCGAGAACAGCUGUUUUACAGACAACGGGGGCUGCCAUGUCCCAAGGAAAUGCUAAUAGGGGAGGAAACCAAAGAGAAAUCACCAGAACCAGACGAUGGGGACAAAGAGGAGUUGAUAAAUCUAUGUCUAGAAUGUGCAUUCGUCAAUCCAGUACAAAUAAAACAAAUUUUUGUGAGGGUUCCCACCAGAACGACUGUCUUGUAUUUAAAGAAAUUUAUCGCUAGGAAAGUGUUCAAAAUUGAUGAUUUGCACAACAUUGAUGUUUUGUGCAAUUUUGAAGAGGUGGAUGUGGGGGACACAAUGAAAUAUAUUUAUUUGAGCAAAUGGAAAUUUGAUGAUGUGCCUUUAGUGCUGAAAUGUCAGCUGAAAAUUAAGACUUGACAUUUGUUUUUUAAGAGGACUCAGGGACUAACUUAUUUCUGCACUUUUUACUUGUAGUGUUUUUAAUAAAAGUGAUUGUUUUAUUAUUAAUUUUUUUUCAUUAAAAGUCGAU